AUUAGCUACAAAAACCAAACCAAUUGCCAAAAUCCCAAAACCCACAAGGCCACAACUGCUUGUCCAUAACUGAUCAACCCAACAAUGAACUCCCUACGUUCAUCCCACAUCCCUCUCCUCUUCCUCCGCCAUAAACCCCUCUCUCUCUACCCCACGACUCUCUCUCUCCUCCUCCGCCAUUCCAAACCCAACAAACCCUUCUCCUUCCUCAAACCCUCUUCCCACCCCUUCUCCACCACUCUAACCCAGUACCCACUUCAAUACGACAUGAUCAUCUCUCGCCCAGAUACUCACUCCCAUCCCCAUUCCCCCCGCCGCCGCAGUCUCCCGCGAGAAAUCCCUCAGUCCAGCCCCGCCGACCCGCCCGAAUCCGAGCCGGAGCCGGAACUGGGUUUUGACGACUGGGUUGAUCGGAAAUUAACAUCACCUUCAUCGGAACCCGAAAGAGAACUCCGACCCAUUUUGGGGGAUCCAGAAUUGGAUAAGUCCAAGAGGAAGUAUUAUAACAAGAGGCGAAGGAGAAUGUAUGGGUCAGACUCUGAAGAUGAGAGGAGGCGUCGAGAUAAUGAUGGGUAUGUUGAAUUGAAGCCGGAAGUGGUGGAGUUUCGCACAUUGCACAAGAGAGAAGAGGAGUUGUAUUUUUAUGACACGUUUGCGUAUCCGUGGGAGAAGGAGAAGCAUUACAAGAUGGUGUAUCAGUUGGAGAAGAAGUAUUUUCCUGAUCAGUGUUUCGAUAAGGCGUUUCUUGAUCCCAGUCAAAUGAACGUAAAGGCGAAGGCGGAGAGGGAUAAGAAAGGAGGGGGUAGUAAGAGAGGAGAGAGGAGAGAGAAGGGUGGGGAUGGAAGGGAUGAGAAGGGGCUGGUUUUCUUUGAGGAGGGGGAGGAGGGAAAGGAGGAGAAAGAGAAAGGGUUGGUGAAGGAUGUGAAAAUCGAUGUUUCGGAGAAGAAAGUGGAGGAGUUCUUUAAGUGUUUGAAGAAAGUCCCCGAUAAGGAUAGUGAAGUUGCUAAUGCAGAGCCGUUUGUUUCCGCAAGGAGUAUUGGGUUACCCACAAAAUGGGAUAGCCCUACUGGGAAUGUUGUCCUAGUGAAUAAACCCAAAGGAUGGACUUCAUUUACAGUUUGUGGAAAGCUGCGUAGGCUCGUCAAUGUGAAAAAGGUAGGCCAUGCUGGAACUCUUGAUCCUAUGGCAACUGGUUUAUUGAUUGUAUGUGUUGGUAAAGCUACCAAGGUGGUUGAUAGGUAUCAAGGUAUGAUCAAGGGUUAUAGUGGAGUCUUCCGUUUAGGGGAGGCUACCUCAACGUGGGAUGCUGAUUCACCGGUUAUCCAACGUGAGCCAUGGGAACACAUAAAAGAUGAUGAUAUAAAGAAAGCUGCUGCAUCUUUUUGCGGGGAGAUAUGGCAAGUUCCUCCAAUGUUUUCCGCAAUCAAAGUUGGGGGUGAGAGGGUGUAUGAAAAGGCCAGAAGAGGAGAAAGCAUUGAACUUUCGCCUAGGAGGAUUUCAAUUUUCCAGUUUGAGAUUGAGCGAAGUUUAGAUGACAGACAAAAUUUGAUUUUCCGGGUGGUAUGCUCAAAGGGUACAUACAUUCGAUCGCUUUGUGCGGACCUUGGGAAGGCUCUGGGCAGUUGUGCUCAUUUAACGGCGUUGAGAAGAGAUUCAAUUGGGCAAUAUUCAGCUGAUGAUGCCUGGGAUUUCAAGGAAUUAGAAGAAGCAAUCACCAAAAAUUAUCUAUAAUUUUUUUGGUUUUGUUGCUGCUGCUGCUGCCAAGUGGUUUCCCAACCAAUGGCAAUAAUGGAGCAGCAGCAUCUGUAAAGGAACGCCCUUAAUCCAAAAUUAUUUUUAUCACAAUUGUGAAUGUUCAAUGGCAGUGUUCCAAUCUGAGUUGAUGAUGCUCUGUAAUUGCCACCUUUACAAAUCCAUCAUGACCCAACUCCCAAGUUUCCCAA